AUGGUGGACCCUGUGGGGUUUGUAGAGGCUUGGAAAGCACAAUUUGCAGACUCUGAGCCUCCUAAAAUGGAGCUGAAAUCUGUGGGAGACAUUGAACAGGAACUGGAGAUGUGCAAAGCAUCUAUCCGGAGACUGGAGAUGGAGGUUAAUAAGGAGAGGUUCCGCAUGAUUUACCUGCAGACUCUUCUGGCAAAGGAGAAAAAAAGCUAUGAUAGACAGAGAUGGGGUUUUAAACGUGUUUCUCAGUUGCCUGAAGGGGGUGCAGAGCAGCAGAUCCAGGACCUGCAUCAUCACCAGUCUGCUGACCAGGACGAAUAUGAAAAAAGCAAGUCACAUCACGGGGAGGAAAAGUUCAAACCCAGGAUACCCUCUAUGCGGAAGCUGUCCACCCAGAGCGAUGGGUCAGACCUGUCACCUUUGGACAGCCCCCACCACGGGGAAGGAGAGCAGGACAGGUGUAAGUACUACGGUGAAGAGAAACUGAAGAGAGUUGUAGAAGACACGGAGAAUCGCUGCGAUACAGAUGGCUCUCCUUCAAAACACAGAUCAGCUUCCACUCGCAGACUGGUGGGAUCUGCUGAGAAGGAGGGGUCAUUUGAACCUAAGGAGAGAGGGAACAGCACCAGUGUGGCAGCCUUAAGGUCCAAUUUUGAGAGAAUGAAAAAGGUGAAUUCGCACUCUUCUGGUGACAACAAGGAUGUUGUUGAGAAGCCCUUUUACGUGAACAUGGAGUAUCAUCACGAGAAGGGUCUAGUAAAGGUCAACGAUAAAGAUGUUUCAGAUAAAAUAAGCUCCCUUGGCAGCCAAGCCAUGCAAAUGGAACGCAAAAAGUCUUUGCACUCCCUCCCUUCUAACAUGGUACCCAGCUUCAGCGAGUUCCAGAGGCCUGCCUACAGGGGAAGGUCCUCAGAGAGCAGCUUUGGCUAUGAUGGAGAAUACGAGGAUGCUGAACUGAACCCCAAGUUUCUGAAAGAUAACCUGAUUAAUGCCAACGGCAGCAACCGCUCACCUUGGCAGCCCAUGGACUUCCAGCCGUAUCAGAGUAUCUACGUUGGUGGAAUGAUGGGGGAAGGAGAAGGAAAAGGACCUAUUCUGCGAAAUCAGGGCCCACCUGACCAGGAAAAACAUCUCACGUGGCCCAGGAGAUCUUAUUCCCCCAGGAGUUUUGAAGACAUUGGAGGAGGAUACACUCCUGAUUGUAGCUCUAAUGAGAACCUUACCUCUAGUGAGGAAGACUUCUCCUCAGGACAGUCCAGCCACGUGUCCCCCAGCCCCACCACGUACCGCAUGUAUCGGGAUAAGAGCCGCUCCCCCUCGCAGAACUCCCAGCAGUCCUUUGACAGCAGCAGCCCACCGACGCCCCAGUCUCAAAAGCGGCACCGGCAGCAGCAGGUCAUCGUGUCUGAGGCCACCAUUGUGGGUGUACGAAAAACAGGACAGAUCUGGCCAAGCGAUGGAGAUUUGCCCUCUGCGAGGUGUCACCAGGACAGCUGUUUCCACGGGGAUACAGAUGCCCCGUUCGGGGGGACCCCGCCUGGCUACGCCUUCGACGCGGAGCGCGCGGAGGAGCAGCGGCGGCACCAUGACAUGAUGCCCUUCAUCGACGACUCGCCCUCCUCCUCGCCCCACCUCAGCUCCAAGAGCCGCGGCAGCCGCGACACGCUGUCCUCGGGCUCCCUGGAAUCCACCAAAUCUAGUGAGCCAGACCUGGAGAAAGGCCUGGAGAUGAGAAAAUGGGUCCUGUCAGGAAUCCUUGCCAGUGAGGAAACUUACCUGAGCCACCUGGAGGCCCUGCUGCUGCCUAUGAAGCCUUUGAAAGCUGCUGCCACCACCUCCCAGCCUGUGCUGACCAGUCAGCAGAUUGAGACAAUAUUCUUCAAAGUGCCUGAGCUCUAUGAGAUCCACAAGGAGUUCUAUGAUGGGCUCUUUCCCCGGGUGCAGCAGUGGAGUCACCAGCAGCGUGUUGGGGACCUCUUCCAAAAGCUGGCCAGCCAGCUGGGAGUGUACCGGGCCUUUGUGGAUAACUAUGAGGUUGCCAUGGAGACAGCAGAGAAAUGCUGCCAAGCCAAUGCUCAGUUUGCUGAAAUCUCUGAGAAUCUAAAGGCCAGAAGCACAAAGGAAUCUAAAGAUCAGACGACAAAAAAUUCCUUGGAAACUCUGCUGUACAAGCCAGUGGAUCGAGUGACCCGCAGCACACUUGUCCUGCAUGAUUUGCUCAAGCACACCCCUGUGAGCCACCCUGACCACCCCCUGCUGCAGGAUGCACUGCGGAUCUCACAGAACUUCCUCUCCAGCAUCAACGAGGAGAUCACUCCUCGCAGGCAGUCCAUGACUGUAAAGAAAGGGGAGCACCGGCAGCUGCUGAAGGACAGUUUCAUGGUGGAGCUGGUGGAAGGGGCUCGCAAGCUGCGCCACGUCUUUCUUUUCACUGACCUCUUCCUGUGUGCCAAGCUCAAGAAGCAGAUUGGAGGAAAAAGCCAACAGUAUGACUGCAAAUGGUACAUUCCUCUCACUGACCUCAGUUUCCAAAUGGUGGAUGAGUCUGAGGCAGUGCCCAAUAUCCCACUGGUACCUGAUGAGGAGCUGGAUGCCAUGAAGAUCAAGAUAUCCCAGAUCAAGAACGACAUCCAGCGGGAAAAGAGAGCCAAUAAAGGCAGCAAGGUCAUUGAGAGGUUGAAAAAGAAGCUGUCAGAGCAGGAAUCCCUCCUCCUGCUGAUGUCCCCCAACAUGGCCUUCCGCGUGCACAAUCGCAACGGCAAGAGUUACACAUUCCUCAUUUCAUCAGACUAUGAAAGGGCAGAGUGGAGGGAGAAUAUCCGGGAACAGCAGAAGAAAUGCUUUAAAAGCUUCUCACUCACAUCAGUGGAGCUCCAGAUGCUGACAAACUCCUGUGUGAAGCUUCAGACAGUGCACAACAUUCCCCUCACCAUCAAUAAGGAAGAUGAUGAAUCCCCAGGUCUCUAUGGAUUCCUGAAUGUCAUUGUCCACUCUGCCACGGGGUUCAAGCAAAGCUCAAAUUUGUACUGCACGUUAGAGGUGGAUUCUUUUGGGUAUUUUGUGAACAAGGCCAAAACUAGAGUUUACAGAGACACCACAGAGCCCAACUGGAACGAGGAGUUUGAGAUUGAGCUGGAGGGCUCCCAGACACUGCGGAUUCUGUGCUAUGAAAAGUGCUACAACAAAACCAAGCUCACCAAAGAGGAUGGAGAGAGCACAGAUCGCAUCAUGGGGAAAGGACAGAUCCAGCUGGACCCACAGGCACUGCAGGACAAAGAUUGGCAGCGCACAGUCAUCUCAAUGAAUGGGGUGGAAGUGAAGCUGUCAGUGAAGUUCACCAGUCGGGAGUUCAGCCUGAAGAGGAUGCCAUCCCGCAAGCAGACGGGCGUGUUUGGGGUCAAGAUUGCCAUUGUCACCAAGAGAGAGAGGUCGAAGGUGCCGUACAUCGUGCGGCAGUGCGUGGAGGAGAUCGAGCGGCGCGGGAUGGAGGAGGUGGGCAUCUACCGCGUCUCCGGAGUCGCAACCGACAUCCAGGCUUUGAAAGCUGCCUUUGAUGUCAAUAACAAGGAUGUGUCAGUGAUGAUGAGCGAGAUGGACGUUAACGCCAUCGCAGGCACCCUCAAGCUGUACUUCCGGGAGCUGCCCGAGCCCUUGUUCACAGACGAGCUGUACCCCAACUUUGCUGAAGGCAUCGCACUUUCAGACCCCGUUGCAAAGGAGAGCUGUAUGUUGAAUCUGUUGCUAUCGCUUCCAGAACCCAACCUUGUGACAUUCCUUUUCCUUCUGGACCAUUUAAAAAGGGUUGCUGAGAGGGAAAGCGUCAACAAGAUGUCCCUGCAUAAUCUUGCCACUGUCUUUGGACCAACACUGCUCAGACCUUCAGAGAAGGACAGUAAAAUCCCUGCUAACCCAACCCAGCCCAUCACCAUGACUGACAGCUGGUCACUAGAAGUCAUGUCCCAGGUUCAAGUUCUUCUGUACUUCCUGCAGCUAGAGACUAUCCCUACCCCAGACAGCAAGAGGCAAAGCAUUCUCUUUUCUACAGAGGUGUAGGUGCCUGCGGUACCAACAGGACACAAACUGCUUUUGGCAAACUCUGUCACCCCGGGAAAAAGAUGACUGCUGUUUCCUCAGACUGUUCCUGUGCUGAGGAAUUCUGGCCCUCAGUGCUCCUGCAGUUUGGUACCCAGAGACAAGCUGGAGAGAAUGGAGAAAAACCUCCUUGUGCUGGUAGAACCAGAACUAACCGGAGAUGGAGCUGUGCGGAAUCUCCACUAGAAGGAGCAAUAGACACUUGGACAAAUGCACCACAGAAUGUGGUGAUGAUUCUUGGUAGGAAUGGGACAGAAGGUAUUCCUCAUUUUAUGGAUUUAAUUUAUCAUAAAGAAACUUCAAGAUUUCUACUGGACCACUUGAUAGGACACCCCUUUUUGGGAGAGGGGACGUUAAAGGAUAUAUCACAACUGUGUCUUUAAUAACUGCUGUUUUUCAAGUACUGUUUGAGGCCACAAAAAAUAGCAUUGCUUUGCAAGAGGAAGGAGAAGAGAAGGGUCUGGGAUCUAAAAUUCUCUCCACAGAAAUUCAAGUCUUGAUUUGAAUAUGGUUCUAAAGAAAUCAAAGAGUUUAAUGUACAGCUAGAACUGUUGUCUGGUUGGGGGCUGGGUUUUUUAUUUUGUUUGUAUGGUUUUUUGCCUUCCCAUAGAAAUGUUUGUACACCCCAGGGAAGGAGAUGCCCUGCUCUUGCCUAUGUUGCACUUCUGAUGGGUUUUGUUGGGUUGAGACAGACUCAACAAAAUUAAAUAAAUAACUACAGUAAAUGAAAGAGAGGCAGGGAGAAUAACAGUUA